AUGUCUGAAGCAAGUUUUUUUGGUUUAUCAGAUACUGAAGCAGACAGUGUUGAUCCGCAUUAUCGAUUACUUAUGUUAAAAUUUGUUCAUUCAUUAGAUGAUGCUGGAUAUGGCGUUGAAAAAAUGAAUGGUACAAAAACAUCAGUACAUAUUGGACAAUUUUCAACAGAUCAUGCAGUUGCAACAACUCGUAUGAGACCUGAACAUCGAUCAAGAUUCCAUGGACCUAAUAGUUUAUUAUACAAUGCAUCAGCACGUUUAUCAUAUUAUUUUAAUAUACAUGGUCCAAAUGUAUCAUUAGAUGUUGCUUGUUCAUCAUCUUUAGAUGCUUUACAUAUGGCUGUACAGUGUCCUCGUAGAGAUGAAGCUGAUAUGGCUGUAUGUAGUGUCGAUCAUUUAGUUCUAAUGCUAAUGGUUAUGCUAAAGGUAAAAAGUGAUGAUCUUGGUCUUUUACUAUUAAAACAAUUAAGUGAUGCUGAACGUGAGGGCGAUCCAAUUAAAGCCAAUUACUUAGGUCGACUUUCUAAUCAAUCAAAUCUUGAUAUACCAUUAUUAUUAGAUUUAAUUAAAAGUAAUUUAGGACAUACAGAAGGUGCAGCUGGUGUAGCAUCACUUAUUAAAGUUGCUAUGUGUAUGUAUCGUCGUGGUAUUACAGCAAAUAUGCAAUUUACUUCACUUAAUCCAAAAAUAGAAGCACAAAAAUAUAAUCUACAUAUUGUUCAAAAUUUUGUAUCAUUUCCAAUAUUUCUAAAUAAUGAAAAAAUAGCUAUAGGUAUUAAUUCAUUUGGAAUGGGUGGCACAACAACACAUGCUAUUAUUGAAGAAUAUCAACCAAAUAAAAAAACAUCAAUUACAAAUGGUCAUAUCAAUGGAUAUCACAAUAAAAAACAAAUCAAUGCUUUUCUUAAUGAACAACCAUUACCAGGCCUUUCAAUCAUAUCACGUCCAACAAAACCAUUAGCACAGAAAAUAUGUUUUGUUUUUAGUGGACAAGGUCCACCAUGGUGGUGUAUGGAUAGACAAUCAUAUGAAAGUGAACCUUUGUUUAAUAAAUAG